AUGAAAAUUACAAAAAUCUUGAAUUCAAUUGGAAAGGCUUUUUCGCUCUUCAUAGGGCUUAGGGUCCAUAAAUUUUCCAAACAAGUUCAAAUUAUUAGAGAAAAAUACGAAUCAGUAUUAAAACAAUGUAAUUUUGCUGUAAGUCAUUCUAAUCAAGCAUACAAGCCUCGUGAAAAAACUAUUCUUAGGAGACUUAGAUUAUUAACUGCUUCAAAAAAUAUUGAUGACUUUAGAGCUAUUUUGCAUGAAACUGCUCAUGGCCCUCAAGAAACGAAGCAUAACAAUAUUACAUAUAGAAAAGCUCACAGAAUUAGCAUCCGAACUUAUUUAGAAGCUGUUCAUUCUAUUAUAUCUGAAAUUUAUUCAGAAUUUUCUUACAAGGAAUUUGAUAUCAAUACAACUCACUCGUCUAUUAUCCCUUCUGAAGACGAAUCUGAUCAAAGCCAAUAUUAUAUUUUAUCCAAUUAA